AUGGCACCACCAGCAGGCCCCAGGAGGAAAAGACAACCCCAAGUGGAAGUUGAGGAAGAAGAAGAAGGAGAAGAAGAAGAAAUGGAAACUGAGGAAAAAAUCAAAGGGGGUGAAAAGUUCAUGAACCCUAAGGGGACAUUUUGCCAAUAUCCCCCAGAUGACACCGAGCCACACCCCGGGAUAGGGAAAUCUGCCGAAAUUGAACAUGCAACUAAAUGCUUCCUUAAUUCACAACACAGGAGCAUUUACCAUCCAGUGACACCAAGUCUUGUAUUCUUGUGCUAUCUGAUCCCUGGACUGUGGUCUGCAUUCAGAGAAGCUGGUGUUCCAACAAGUUCAUACUUUGCUGCACCAAUCGGAGGGAAAAUUGAGACAACUGGGUCUGCGCAGAUCAAGAAAAGAAUAAAGGCAUUGUUUGUGACAUUGGGAAAACCAACACAUGCAGAGGCAGCAAAUGCUCUUCAACUCUUCCCUCCAACUGCAGCAAUAGAGAUCAACUCUCAACCAUGGGCUAGGAAUCUAAUUCUGGGUUUGUUGACCACAACUUUUGAGUCACCCGGGAAAGAGAUGAUGGCACAGCUAUCAAUGAUUGCGGAGCAUGCACAGAUGACAACCUACUCCACAAUCAAUUCAUAUCUCAACCAAUGCAUGGAUGCAACAAUAGCUCUCCCUGCUGUUGUGAAGGAAAUUGAGGAAUUUGAAAGAGUAACUCGUGACCUCAAAAUUAAACUCAAAAAGUUGUUCAAGUAUGCUGGAGCAAUAAGACAUCCAGAUGUAAUUCAAAUAGCUCCUAAAGCUUUUCCAAACUUGGCAACUGCUGCCCUUAAUUGGAGUAAGAGAAAAAGUACUUCAAUGGGAGCAUAUAAGUCACCAGAUAUCAUUCCUGGAGCAACAAUAACGGAGUUUGUGCUUAGUAGAGCAAGAAAGAGCCGUAUUGUGAGGUCUGGUGGUGGCGAGGAGAUGGGCUCAGCUACAUGA